UUGUAACAGGUUCAGUCAUUCCCUCGUCAGCUUGCUUCCCUGGGCGCAAAUGGGACUGCACAUUACAACUCUAACUCCAAACCCAUCCAGAAUCUCCAAGUCAACUUCCCUGCACUCCAGUGCGCACAGGCAGACCUCUCCUCUGAGUCUGCCGUAAAGAGUAUGUUCGACGCGCUCUCAGGGACAACGUUCGGCCCUGUGGCAGUAGUUGUGGUCAACCAUGGCAUAUGGUCGCCUCAGGACGUACCUAUCGUUGAUAUGACCAUUGAACAAUGGGACCACACCAUCAGUGCAAACCUCACCUUGAGCUUCCUGAUCUGCCAUGAGUUCUUGCGCCACUUGCGUGCAGCAACAGAAAGCGUGAAAGAUAGGGCUGCAAUUGUGCUCAUCGGGAGCACAUCAGGUAAAUAUGGCGAAGCGAAUCACGGCGAUUAUACUAUCAGCAAGAGUGGUGACGAAAUUAUGAAGAUCGCACAGAGGGGACGGGUGAAUUGUAUUGCACCUGGACGAGUGCCGACACCGAUGGUACAAGAGGCACUGGAUGAUCCAGCCGUCAGCGGACCUUUAUUAGCCGUCACUCCGUUGAAAAAAAUUGGGACACCUCUGGACGUUGCAAACCAAAUAGUGGUAGUGUCUUCAUCGGUGGUCUCGGGACAUGUAACUGGGCAAGUGAUCUUCGUAGAAGGCGGUUGUGUAGGGGACAUUUGAACA